AUGUCAAUGAAAGGGAAUAAAAGGAUCGCGUCCAUUUCUGUUUCCCCUCAGAAGUGUAGAUCUACUUGCAAUUCAUCACCAUUGCAUAACAAUCACGCAGGAAGAUUAAAUCCCCCGCCAAAGAAACAGAAUAAAAAAUCAAGUUAUAAGUUUGCUCCAAUCAAUAAGCUAACUGUAUCUGAUGUAAAUGUAUUAUCUAAUGUGAAGGAUUCUACAUUACGAACUAUUUCAAUUUCUCAAGUUCGAAACUCCAGCAAUGACAAGGAAGAUAGAAAAAGGUUCCCUAUAAGUGCAUCAAAAAAUGAACAUAAUGCAAAGCAGUCUAAAGUUUCUGUAUGCACAGAACAAGAUAGUAAUAAUGAUGAAUUUGGGUACAGUGGUGAUGGACCUUCAGAAGAGGUUAUCUGGAUGUUUUCACCUGUUAAAGAAACUGUAUCAAAAGAUGUUGGUGACAAGCAGGUUCCUAUGUCAGCAAAUGGUUCACCAAUAUUGAUCCAUGAGUAUAGCAGUGAUUCAGAGGAUGAUUUCAGUAUUCAUAACGAUUCUUCAACCCCAAUGGUGCCGAAUAAAUUUAAGACACUUUUAACUUUCCCAAAUGUUCAGUCUAACGAUAGCUUGCUACCACCAAACUCCUUAAAACGAGAUUCGAUGAGAAGUGCUACUAGAGGUUUAACUCCAACACCUUUUUCAGAGUCUAAGGAGAAAAUGCGAGACAUUGACGACAUUAUAAAUGAUAUAGUUGGUGAUUUCGGAUUAAAGCCUACACAAAUCCCUAGUUCACCCAUUAAAUCGGAGGUACUUACAAACAAAUCUAAAAAUAAACAACGAACGCUUCGAACAUCAUUUUCUCAGACCUUACCAGCAGCGAAGUCUCAAACUAGGAGUCCUAUUAGAUAUUCCUUUGAUGUAGUUGAUAUUGAGAGCUCUGAUAAUGAUGAUGAUUCUUUGAUAGAUAUCCUAACUCAGAAAUUUAGCAAACGAAAAGUCUCGCACAGCCCUACAUCAUCUCAAAUACAAAGAUCUUCUGCUGAGCUCCCAAUUUCCAUAUCUUCUCAGCCUCCUAUUCAAAAGGGGGAUCUUUCCCAAUCAUCUCAAGAUAGUCAAUCCAUACCACAAGUUCCAAAAUGUGAUUCCAUAGCAUCGGAUAUGAAUGAUGAUUCGCUAAUUGACUAUUUAGAAGAAAACCACAUGGCACAGAAACCACAUAUAUGUAACGUUGCAAAGGCAGUUGUAAAGGUUAAAGAAGAUAAUAAAAAGGAAAAUAUUUCAACCUUGAGCGGUUCCUCAGAAUCAAAUAUUACUGAUUUACCUAAAUGGAUGGGACUUGCUAAAUGUGGUUAUCGACGGAAAGGCUUAUCCAGGUUGGUGGUUAUUUCCACUAAAGAGUUUAAUCUACCAAGCGGUCCAAAACAAAAAGUGCUUACAUGCAUAAACGAUAAAGGCGCUAAAUCUAAUGUCAUUCUUCGUGCACCUUGGGUUCAAUUGUCGUUUGAACCUGGUGAUGUUAUACACAUAAUUGAAGGUAAAAAUUGUAAAAAUAAGAGACUUCUUUCUGAUGAUAAAGAUCCCGUGACGAAACUUCAUAAUGAUAAUUUAAUGAUCGUUCAUCCAGAUUUACUAGUAUCCGCUACAUCAAUGGGAAGUUCUAUUGAAUGCCUAAGAAAGUCCGUUCUAAAUUUCCAGUUUAUGGAACCUGGAGUACCUAGUAUUCAGAUGACUAUAGGUUCUAUUGUUCAUGAAUUACUACAGGAGCUACUAGAAUAUAAAUUGAAGCACCCUAAAAUUGAUGAUUCUUUUAUAGAAUCAACUUUAGAUGAAAUAAUUUCAAAACAUAGGCUUUCCAUUCUUUUAUGUAAGGAAACGGAAGAAUUUGUUAAGGAAACGAUCCGAGAACUUCAUGUUGACAAUAUGAAACAAUUUGUUAUGGAAUAUGUCCAAGUCUCAAACUAUCAGUGUCGAAUUAAUGUCGCAGGUAAAGUUGAACAUGAAAAACUCAGCCUUUCUAAAAUUAUCGAUAUUGAAGAGAAUAUUUUAUCACCUAUGUACGGUAUGAAAGGUUACAUUGAUGCUACAGUAGAAACUCACAUUGGUGAAGGCACCAAACUUAUAGCGCCUUUAGAGAUCAAAACCGGCAAAGCAAAACUAAUUUCACAUGAAGCACAGGGUACUAUAUAUACCAUGUUAUUGAAUGAUCGAUAUGAUGUGCCUAUAGAAUUCCAUUUGAUGUAUUAUUCAAGAACUAAUGAAUUUAUGAAACAGCCAAGAUUACUUCAAUCGUUAAAACAUUUACUUGUUUUGAGAAAUCGGUUAGCACAACACUUAAAGCACAAUAUAAAUGAGAUUCAAUCCUGUAGUGAAUUUGAGGAAAUGAACAUAGAAUUGCCACCACUAUUGCAACACUCUACCUGUGAUAGUUGUUAUCAUAAAAGGAACUGUAUGGUUCUAAACAAAAUUUCAGAGGAUGGCAGUGCAGAACAGUCUAGUCUACCUGAGGGUGAGUAUAACGAAUUGACCAGUCAUUUGGAAAAUGGACUAAGUCUAUACCAACAGUUUUACAAAAAAUUCAAUCGACUACUAUGUUUGGAGGAAUCUAGUUUAAAUAGUAUGACUAAGGAAAUGUUCUUAAUGGAUGGUAAAAGUAGAGAAUUGUCAAAUGGAAGAUGUUUGCAUGGUUUGGUGCUGGAUUCAAUUUCUCAGGUUGGCGGUUUGUAUUAUUGUAAGCUUGUUCGAGAUAAUGCGGUUGAGAUAUCGAUGUCAAUGUUAAAUAGUCAGAUUGCUCCGGGUGACAUGGUUUACAUUAGCGAUGAAGUAGGCCAUUUUUGUUUAAGCACAGGUCAUGUUAAAGAAAUUUCGAAAGAAUACAUUACUAUUACUUGUCGAAGAAGAUUUGACAUGGAUAAUGUUCGUGGGAAGGAUUUUAAUGCAUACAAAAAACAGGUGAUAGAAAGUGUUUUAACCCAAAGCGGACCAUCUUUAAUAGGAGUUAAGAAUCCAAUGAUACGUCCGUUAAUUUAUAGGAUUGACAAAAAUGAUGUCCACUUUGGGUUGUCCAUGGCUAGGUUUAAUUUGUUGAAUUUAUUUCUACCAGCAGUUGAUCCAACAGUUCAUUACUUGGACGAUAAGGGCGAAGAAGUAAGGCUUAAGAGAUGGCAAGGAGGUGAUACCAAAACAAGAAGACUCUUAGUUGAUGGUAAACCGCCACGUUUCAGUAAAAAAUCAUCGAUUUCAUAUGUUUUAGAUGAUAACAAAUUCAACAGGGAUCAGGCAAAAGCCAUUGAUAAAGUAAUGAGGUGCAAAGAUUACGCGUUGAUCUUAGGCAUGCCAGGAACUGGUAAAACAACGGUUGUUGCGGAACUUAUUAAAAUCUUGACCAAAAAUGGGAAAUCUGUAUUAUUAGCAUCUUAUACACAUUCAGCGGUGGAUAACAUUCUACUGAAACUUUUAGAUGCCGAAGUUAGGAUGAUCAGGUUGGGUCAUAUUCACAAACUACACCCUAAAGUCAGGCACCUAGUGCCCGAUUUUGACAAAACUGAGACACACGAUCAGCUUGCUUUCAGUUUGAACGAACCACAGGUAGUUGCAACGACCUGUCUUGGAAUAAAUGAUCCAAUGUUGAAUUUACGUAAUAAAGAUUUUGACUAUGUCAUCCUUGAUGAAGCAAGUCAAGUAUCUCUACCAAUUGCAUUAGGUCCGAUAAGAUUUGGCGAAAAGUUCAUUCUUGUAGGAGACCAUUACCAAUUGCCCCCAUUAGUUAAGAAUGAGAUAGCUAAAGAGAAGGGUUUAGAAGAAACGUUGUUCAAGACGCUAUGCCAACGACACCCAGCCAGUGUAACCGAGUUGACCAUCCAAUAUCGCAUGAAUACGGAUAUAAUGGCAUUAUCAAACGAAUUGAUAUACAAUGGUAAACUCAAAUGUGGAAACGAUAGCGUUGCGAACCAGACGCUGGCUAUCCAAAUGGAUAUCGCUGCCAUUAGCAACCCUCCUUGGCUCAGGGACGUCCUCGACCCCCAAAGAAAAGUCGUACUCUUGGACUAUGGAGAUAUACCCGACAUGCAAGAAAUGGCCGACAAAGACAACAUAAGAAAUCCGGGUGAGGCAAGACUCGUCAAGUUAAUUAUUGAAGGACUAAUAUCGCUUGGAGUAUCUACUCUCGACAUUGGAGUAAUGACUUUAUACAGGUCCCAACUCCGCUUACUAAGAUCUGAGUUGUUGCCCCACAGCAACAAUAACCAUCUCGAAAUUUUGACUGCUGACCAGUUUCAAGGCCGAGAUAAGGAAUGCAUUAUUAUAUCGAUGGUCCGUAGCAACGACAAGCAAAACGCAGGUUUGCUGCUCCGAGAACUUCGCCGUGUAAACGUCGCUAUGUCGAGAGCGAAAUCAAAACUAAUUCUCAUUUGCUCCAAAAGGACCAUAUGCAAUGUCAAAGAAAUACACGGCUUUCUCCGUUUAGUAGAGCGUAAUGGAUGGGUAUACCCUCUUAGAACUUCCUCAUGA